CAUAUGUGUGUGUGUGAGCUAGAGAGUACCCUAGGUCUGUGGGUGGUGUGGCUCCGAGUGUGUGGUGGUAGUGGGUUUGAGUAGCGGACAUGUCUGUGUGUGGGUGGAUGUACGUAUGGUGCAAGGGAUGGAGAGAGGAGUGCCAUCAAUCAGUGAGAUUACCAAGCAAAGUCUGAAUAGCAGAAAGUUGUACUUAGCGAAUGUAUCUUUUGUAAAGGCCAGCUGACUAGUUCAUGCCAGUAAACAGCGCUGCAAUUAAACACAAGUAGCAAUUGCGAGGUAUCGCUCGCACUCUCUGCCAGUAUAAAUAUGUCUCUGGUAGGCGCCUGACAUUUAUCAGCUCCACUGAAUCUGUGCCUUUCCUUGCCCAAACUGUAUGUCUGAAUGUUCGUACUUCACACAAGGCAAACAGAAAAAAGCAAUGAAAAACAAAGAGAAACAGCUCGUCAUUAGUCAUCCAGAAUGAGUGAAAAUCUGUCGUUGGAGACUCUGCAGCUACUCUCGCCAUUCACGGAGACCGGCAAUGACAUGGUGACAGAGGCGUCACGUGACCUCGUCCUGUCGUGCAUCAAGACGGACCCACGCGUGCAUGAUGUCUUCUUUCCCAGUUUCGCUGCCGACCCUCUGCAGGAGAGCCUUGACCUCAGAACCUUUCCCACUGGACCACUAGCUGUCACUCUGGGCGAGGCGAUAGCUAACAUCAAGGACAGCUUCAAGUUCCACGCCACCAUCAACAAGGGCGCGGUAGACCACGCGCUGAGAGAUAUUUAUAGCAGUCUACAGUGGAAAAAACUUGGGUUCCAGGUGUACACAGUUGUUUACCCUCGUGUAGUAAAGGACGCAGCUACUGGAGUGUCCCUGCAAGACUACAUGGGUGAAGAUAGCUACACGUGGGCCGAGAGGCUGACGUCACUGAUCCAGGAUCCUCGCUGGACACGGUCAGUACUUGGAAGCAUGAUACGGGGACACUACUGCGAGGAAGCGUACAACAGAGACAUGAACGGUUUGUUCGUCAAGUUGCACCUUGACCCACAGUCUGUAAUACCAGCCUACCAACACCUGCUGAACCAGAAAGCCUUACCUGCUGUACAUUUAGAGCUGGCGACCCGGAACUACUUGGGUGGGCCUUUAGACUGGCGAGCCAUCCAGUUUGAAGUGGAAAAUGCUGAGCGAAAGCCCUCCACCCCUCUCGGUCUCUCUCGACUCAGCCUCAGUUCUCAAAUAGAUGUUUUCCAUGGCAUGGCGGUGGACGAUUUCGUUGUCACAGAGUGUCGGAAUUUAGGUUUGUGGUCUGGACUGCGGCCUGAGAAUGCCAAGGUUUCCAAACCGACUAACAAGUGUUUUGUCAUGUGACGGAGCAGUAUUAAUCUGUUGCCCAAGAUGCCAUUAUCGCCAUGAUUGUUGACGAUGUACAAUAAAGACAUGUUUUCAUUCUCGA